AUGAUAAAACGAAGGGACAUUUUCAAAUUCAGCAUGAAUCUCAUCUUGGUUAUUACAUUUGUGACUAUUGGGUUGCAUGAUCAUAUUGUGAGUGCCGCAACAAACACGACUAAUACUACCACUAAUGGCACUGAUCCAGAUUCUGGUGUAGUUAUCGGAAAUAAAACUGAUGGCCGUGUGUCUGCUAAUUAUCCUACCGAUUUAUUAUCUUACAGCUCAAUAGCUAAAGGGAUAAUGUACUGCUUCUUAGGCAUAUCUUUGGUCACAUAAAAUUACAUAAACCCUUCUAUUGAUAUUAUCAAGAAAAAGAAUGUGCUGUCGUCAGACUCGAUGAAUGCAACUUUGCUUGCUAUGACUAAUUCAGCAGCUGAGUCCUUUAUUAUCAUGAAUUCAAUUUUCUUUGGAGUAUCCGAUAUUGGAAUAUCAACGAUUUGCUAAUAAGCUGCUUUCUAUUCUUUUAUCAUCCAGGGAACUUUCUAUCUGAUUGCAGAAGCAGGAACAAGGAUCGAUUGGUGGAUUAUCACAAGAGACACAAUUUUCAUAAUCAUUUACUUGAUUGUGAUCACAGUUUUCCUGAGUCAGAAUGAUAUUGUCAUUUGGCAGGCAAUCAUACUAAUCAUUCUUUACUUGGUUCACAUCAUGCUGAUGAAGUUUAACAGAAUUUAUGAAGUAGCAAUAAAGAAAUCCGUGGCGAGAGCACUUGAAAUUCGAGAACUUAAUAAAAUAGCCGACAAAGAAAUCUCGCAUUUCCAUUAGAAUCUCAACACGAGAUCACUUUCUAUUGAGAUGAUUAAACAAGUUAACUGCAAAGUAGAAGGAAAUUAUCUCAUUUUUGACAAUUAUGUCAGAAAGAAGAUCAAGCCAAUAACAUGUGUCAAAUUAAGAGAAGGUGGUAUCCCUUUCAACCAACUUGAUAACAGAGGACUUAUGGCUAGAACCAUCCUUAAAUAGGCAGUUGUUAAGAUCAUUGUCAUGAUACAAGCAUACAAGUAAUUCGAAAAGAUUAAGAGGAAUUCCAGAAGCACAGUGCCAAUUGAAAGGAUUCUUCCCUAUCUUAAGAACAAUAACAGAAAUGACUCAGGAAGAGACUCUGAUAGUUCAGGAUCUUCAGACAAUGAUGCAGUUUCUAAGAAAAGAGCCGAUGAGACUUUGUCAGUUAGGGGCGGUAAUAGAACAAACAAAGAGAACUCAGCUCUCUUCAGAAAGAAACAAGGAAGUUAAAAAGGGGAUAAUGAAGAAUCCCAAAUGAACAAGAAUAGCGAUGGCCAGAGCGAAGUAAGUGAGAGCAGAAGAAGUGAGUUUCAAAGCAAGAAAAAUUUGAGAGAUGAAGAUGAAUCGAGUAAUAAGUCUAACACAGUGGCUUAGAGCUCAAUCUAUGAUCUUAUACAUGAGACUAUAAACAAGGACGCUUUCAGUAUUACAUUCCCUAAGCAAAGACCAUAGAGAAUAAUUUACAUACUGAUGAUUCCCCUAACUCAUCUUCAGUAUGUUAGCAUUCCUAAUCCAAUGACCAAGGGCAAAUAAAAUUUUUAUCCCUUGACACUUUUCUGCAGUAUUCUUUGGAUCUGGUUCUACUCUUGGCUGAUUGUGUGGUUUACUUAUUCAACCACUGAGGCUUUUCAACUCCAUUAUUCUAUCAUCCCUAUGAUCCUUUAUCCUCUCGGUAUUUCAAUUAGAGAUAGAAAGAAGUUUCUAGAUUUUAAGAAAACAAUUAAAGUAUUUAAGGAAGAAAGGGAUGAUUAGGAAAUAUCUCUGGCUGAGACAUACUCAGGCCCUAUAUUCUAGAUUACAGGACUAGUUGGAAUAGCAUGGACUAUCUUCAUUCUAUAUUCAGGAAUUAAUGUUUCUUUCUUAAAUGAAAGUAUAAAGUAUCAGAUGCCUAUGCUUUUGGGAGUGGUAACAGUUAAAUAUAUCUCACUAGCGAUUAAUAAGUUUAAAACAAGAAAGAAUUUGUUUUAUUGGAAUUGUGGAGGAUAUGCUGCUUUCCUUAUAUUAGCAGUGCUAAUUGAUUACAAAGAUGAAUUGGUAUCUUGA